AGAUGCCUUCUGGUGGGUGACAGUUUUACAAGAAACCCCAGUACAGACUAGCAGAUGGGAAGGUAACAACGCUGUCAGUUAAAAGAAGCCCGUGACUGGUCUGGACUGGAGAUAAGAUGGGUUGGCCAUUUCCAGCAGUGGACCCAUCCUGGAGCCCGUGUACAGAACCAGGCCCAUGAGACCCCCCAAAGAGCAUUGAGGGCCACUGAGGUGACAGACAGUGCAUAUAUGGGCUCGGAGAGCACCUACAGUGAGUGUGAGACCUUCACUGAUGAGGAUACCAGCACCCUCGUGCACCCUGAACUGCAUCCUGAGGGGGACGCUGACAGCGCAGGUGGCUCAGCUGUGCCCUCUGAGUGCCUGGACACCAUGGAGGAGACUGACCAGGGCGCACUGCUGCUGCUUCCAGGCAGGUCUCGCACCCGUGGCCAGGCUGAUGUCAUGGUGAUUGGUGGCGAGGAGCAUUUUGAGGACUAUGGGGAAGGCAGUGAGGUAGAGCUGUCCUCAGAGACCCUCUGCAAUGGGGAGCUGGGGUGCAGCGAUCCUGCUUUUCUCACCCCCAGCUCCGACCCGCUUGCUGCAAAGCUGCACAGCAUCCUCACUGAUGAGGCUUUUGAGUUUUACUGUAGCCAGUGCCACAAACAGAUCAACCGCCUUGAGGAUCUCUCUGCCCGCCUGAAUGAUCUUGAGAUGAAUAGCCCAGCCAAGCGACUCUCCAGCAGGAAGGUGGCAAGGUACCUGCACCAGUCAGGGACCCUGAACAUGGAGGCCCUGGACGACGCUCCAUCGGACCCUGUGGAGGGCCUGGAGGAGGACAUUGCUGACAAGGUCAUCUUCCUGGAGAGGCGGGUGUCAGAACUGGAGAAGGACAGCUUGGCCGCAGGGGAACAGCACAGCCGGCUGAGGCAAGAGAACCUCCAGCUGGUGCACAGAGCCAAUGCCCUGGAGGAACAGCUGAAGGAACAAGAGCUGAGAGCCCACGAGAUGGUACUAGAAGAGGCAAGAAAGCAGAAAGAACUUCUGUGUAAGAUGGAGCGAGAGAAGAGCAUCGAGAUUGAGAACCUGCAGGCUAGGCUGCAGCAGCUGGAUGAGGAGAAUAGUGAGCUGCGGUCCUGCACGCCCUGUCUGAAGGCCAACAUUGAGCGUCUGGAAGAGGAGAAGCAGAAGCUGCUGGAUGAGAUUGAAGGGUUGACGCUGAGGCUCAGUGAGGAACAGGAGAACAAGAGGAAGAUAGGGGACAGGCUGAGCCAUGAGCGGCACCAAUUCCAGAGAGACAAGGAGACAACCCAAGAGCUAAUUGAGGACCUCCGUAAGCAGCUGGAGCACCUGCAGCUCCUCAGGCUGGAGGCUGAGCAGAGGCGGGGCCGCAGCAGCAGCCUGGGGUUACAGGAGUACCACAGCCGCACCAGGGAGAGUGAGCUGGAACAGGAGGUCCGCAGGCUCAAGCAGGACAACCGCAGCCUGAAGGAGCAGAACGAUGAACUGAAUGGGCAGAUCAUUACUCUCAGCAUCCAGGGUGCCAGAAGCCUCUUCUCCACAGCCUUCUCUGAGUCCCUGGCUGCAGAGAUCAGCUCAGUCUCUCGUGAUGAGCUCAUGGAAGCCAUCCAGAAGCAGGAGGAGAUCAACUUCCGCCUACAGGACUACAUUGACAGGAUUAUCGUGGCCAUCAUGGAAACCAACCCAUCCAUCCUCGAGGUCAAGUAGGACACCAGAGCCCAGUCUGGGCUGGCUCAGGACGCCACCAGCAUCCCGAGUGCCCCGCCAUACCAUAAGGAGCCGAGACCAGCAGGUCCCCAGCCUGCCAAGCCCAGGGCAUGCGGGGGUUCUUGGGCAGUGGGGAAGGGGGGAAGGAGGGGAACCCCUGGGAUUGAGUGAGACUGAGCCCACAGCAGGCAAGGAUUGUGGCAGGGCCUCUUCACCCCAAGUUGCCUGGCUACAGUGCCCGUCUCUGGUCAUCAAGGAUGGGCUCUUAAUCUGUGCAGAGUUUGGGACAGCUUCUCAAGCCCGCUGAGCCCUCCGACCCCUCUUCCCACCACGCAGCCCUAUUAGGCAGAGAGGAAGAAAACGGGUCCCUACCAGGGGUGCAGUUGCCCACACAAGCACCCUCACAUGGUGCCACCCCAUCCCAGCCACUCCUGAAUGGUGUCCAAGUCCUGAAUCCUCCCAUGGGACAUGGUACGGGAAGGCCAGAAGGGGGAGGCUGGUAUGUGUAGGGUCUCUCCCUGAGCAGCUCAGGCCAUCAUCCAGCCAGGUGGCCAUCUCUGUCCAGCUUCCAGACCAGGGACCUCUAAGCCACACAGCCACUCCAUGCCGACUCUCACUAUAGUAACCUUCAAGGGCUCUGUGUGGGGGCUAGGUCAGGAGUGCACUAGGACCCUUUUCUCUGAUUUCAGGACUUGAGAUCUUGACUGUGAGGAAUUUAUUUCCUUAAUGGGCUGG